AUGUUCUGGAGUGAUCAGGGAUUGCAUCCAAAGAUUGCAAAGAUUGAGCAAGCGAACAUGGAUGGCUCUGCCAGGGCAGUUCUUGUGAAUUCUGGACUCGUGGGGGUCAACUCACUAGCUAUAGAUUACUCUGGAAAACUAUUGUACUGGUGUGAUGCAAGUCUCGAUAGGAUCGAAAGGAUAGACUUUCAAGGAAACAACCGAAUCGUUAUACUAGACUUGUCGUCCGGUACUUGGCACCCAUUCGGACUGGCUCUAUCCGAUGACGUUCUUUACUGGUCAGACCUGGAAAAGAAGAAUAUUAACAAAUACAACAUGACUUCCUCUCUCAGUGAGGUUCUGGUCCAUGGAAUGGGGUCACCAAAGGAGCUACAUGUUCAUGAUGACGGAAAAAUAUUUUCUGGAUCUACCGGCUGUUCUCAUUUAAAUGGGGGCUGCAGUCAUCUUUGUCUUCCAAAUCCAAGUGGACAUCAGUGCUUUUGUCCUGAAGGAAUAUCUGCUUAAGCCUGGGGAUCCCUU